ACCAAGUGCCCAAGCGCGACCUGUAGGCCGGCCCUAGGGAGACUUCAAGCUAGUCGACCUCUUUCUGGUCAAUCUAGGCAAUUACAACUUGAUCGACCUCCCUCCCUUUCACAACGACCUACUGCUAGCUGAUGAUCCGUGUACGACCGCUUGCAAUAUGGAGCCACCUUACGAAAUCUCCACGAGAUACCUCCAUCGAGCGACAGCCCAACCAUGUACGCUCCGCUACGUCGGACCCGUCACGACCCAGACCACCAACACGCAGACCGAAGCCGAACGAGAUCGAAUCUGGCUCGGAGUGGAAUGGGACGAUCUCACUCGAGGGAAGCAUAGUGGGACCCACCUCGGUGUAAAGUACUUUACGUCGAGGGUCGAAGGAGCGGCUAGCUUUUUGCGAUGGAAACCGAAGGACGCUUCAAAGGCAAGAGGAGGUACGAACGGGACCGCCAACGAUGGGGAGAUACUAUGGAGAGGAAGGACGCUUCUACAAGCCAUUAAAGAUCGGUACCUGGACACGGACCUCCCAGAUAUGGAGCAACCUGUCGAAACUACGAACGAUCACAGCUUGGUGUUAGGCUCGUCUAACAGUCGGAUCCAGGUCACCGUCCCGAAUCUGAACAAGGUCACCAGCAAGUUUGCGGAUCUGGGCCGGUUGACGCAUUUGGGUCUGGAUGGGAUGUGGAUGUAUGGUAUGAAAGCUCAGGGGGAGGGUAAUGAUCUGGAUAUGAAUAUGUUGGAUCGUCUGAAAUCUGUCAAAAGCCUCGACCUAUCCGGGAAUCUCAUCUCUUGUUGGCAAGACCUGGCGGAUAUUGUCCGAGUAUUGCCAAUGCUCUCGAACCUGAAACUCAAUCAUUCCCGAUUGCCGCAACCUGAAAGCUCGCUUGAUGGGGUCGUUGGAACCGCUUUUCGGGAUAUAACCGAUUUGACCAUCCGGAAUAGCUUGGUAUCCUGGCCAGACGUGACGCUACUCUCGAGUUCAUUCCCGAAUCUCGAAAGGUUGGAUAUCGCCGUAAAUCCCCUUUGCUCUAGCAGACAAGAAGGACGGAAGGCGGCAUCGGGGUUCGACAACCUGCGUGAGCUUGUGGUAGGGGAUUGCAAUAUCUCAGCUUGGGAAGAUAUUGUGGACAUGUUUGGGAGUCUACCUGCACUCGAGCGACUCGACAUCUCGGUCAAUCCGAUUCACUCAGUCCCGAAUAAGUCGUCAUCAGCAUCGCCACCGGCGGUAUUCCAGCCGUUGAAAGAGCUCGUCAUCAAGGAGACCACGCUUGACGAUUGGGAAAACUUGGGGAACCUGGCCAGUUGGUUCGAUCGCGAUCCUGUCGUCUUAAAGAGUCUCAAGAUCUCGUCGCGAAUCAAUGUUGCGGAAGAGGUUCCGGAAAGGUUGUCACCAGACAGACAGCGCUUAUCGGGGACGAGAGCGGAUAGGGCUGGGCUGGUCGCGAGGUUCCAAGGGCUGGAAGAGCUGAACUCGUCGCCUGUGACGAAAGCUGAGCGAGAAGAGGCAGCCAAGAUCGCUCAAUCCCUACAAGCUCAGCCGAGGCAGGACGUCAAGGUGCAGAUCAGCGAUACCGCGGCGAUAUCUAAACCCUUGCAGAACAGCCUCAAAAGCAAAAUGAUCGAUCUGAAGCUGGUCUUUCCAGACUCGCCCUUAGACCAAGCCUCGACUCUGCCGCAGACCAUUUCCGUUCUGCCUUCCGCGACAUUGAAGAUCCUGAUGAUCAAGCUGAAAAAGGCGGCAGGUUCAGCGCUAGCCACCGGCGCGUUUCACUUGGAGUUCGAGAGUGGCAGACUGGGUGAUGACGAUAUGAACACCAGGCUGUCGGAUCUGGGGUUACGUGCGGGAGAUGAGGUGAUGGUCAGGGCCGAGUAGUAGAUGUUGUAGAUGGUGCUCUCUUCCUUUUUUUGCAAACUUCGAUCGAAGCCGAAUGCCGCGAUAUGUACAAGACAGACAGAAGAAACCCAUCGUCCGGCGAAAUCGGCGUGUAACCAUUCUACUUCGACCUCAUCAUCGUGCCGCAAUACCGUUGUUGUAUCAUAUACUGAACCCCGAUGCCAUGAUGGCCAACCUGUGCUCGUGGACAACAAUCUCACGCCGUUUAGGCGAAACUCCCUUCACCUUCGUUAUCAAUCCAUCACUAUUUC